AUGUGUGUUGGUGCUGGUGAAGUCCUCGCGUUGCGCCCAGAGGAAACUUGCCCCUCGCAAGGAACGACCUCGGGCCGUGGACGUUGUGUCGAGUCCCCAAGAUCCCUCGAAGACGUAGGCCUUGUAGGGAGAGCGGUCCGGCGAGGAGCGGGUGCGGUUUCCGCCAGAGGAUGCGGUGCCGAAGGCUUGGGAUUUUCGGACAGCGUCAUCUUGGGGACUUCAGAGCAACAACCAAACUUCAACGGCGAUGGGGACAAGGCAAAUGGCCGCGAUGGACAGAUCAAGUCCGAUGUCGCCAAUUGUUGCCGUCUCCUAGACUAUUGGGCGAUCGGGGUCGCUUUGGGCGAUGCGGGUAUCAAAGAAGGAGAGCCACCGUCCAAGUGUGGUCGAGGAGCCUGGCAGGGUGCAAGCGAAGAUGACCCGCUCUUCCAAUCUCUGGCGAAUCAGAGGUUGUGCAAUGUCAGCAGACAAGGGAACGACAGGGGGUCGACAGGCAUCAGGGCUGCAAAUUACGUCGGCCAAAGCCAGCUCUUUCCAGAAAACUUCCCUUCGGACGGCCCGAGCUGA